AUGGAUGAGAACAAAAGGGCAGCUGUUGAUAAGCAUGAUGAUGAACCAAUAGCCAAAAGGGCCAAACUCGAGGAUGAAGAAAAGAAGAUUGACAUAAAACCUGACGAUAAAAAAAUAAAGAGUGAGGAAGGGGAAGAGGAAGAAGAGGAAGAAGCUGAAGAAAAAGAGGAAGCCAAGGAUGACGAUGAAGCCGAAGAAGAAAGAAAACGUACAACUACUUUCAAGUUUGAUGGACAAACAUACACUUUUAAAGAAAGACCAUCUGUUUUAGAAGAGCGCGAGGGUAAAAUUGAAUUUAGAGUGGUGAAUAAUGAUAAUACAAAGGAAAAUCUAAUGGUUUUGACCGGUUUGAAAAACAUUUUCCAAAAACAAUUGCCUAAAAUGCCUCGAGAAUAUAUUGCUAGAUUAGUUUAUGAUAGAAGUCAUCUUUCAAUGGCUGUUGUGAGGAAACCAUUAACUGUUGUGGGUGGUAUAACAUAUAGACCAUUUGAUAGUCGAGGUUUUGCGGAAAUUGUGUUUUGUGCUAUUAGUUCCACAGAACAAGUCAGAGGUUACGGUGCGCAUUUAAUGAAUCAUUUGAAAGAUUAUGUUAGAGCUACAUCUCCAAUCAAAUACUUUUUAACGUAUGCUGAUAAUUAUGCUAUUGGUUAUUUUAAGAAACAAGGUUUUACUAAAGAGAUCACACUGGAUAAGCAUAUAUGGAUGGGUUAUAUUAAAGAUUAUGAAGGUGGUACAUUAAUGCAAUGUUCAAUGUUACCAAUAAUACGAUAUUUGGAUAGUGCAAAGAUUUUACUUCUACAAAAAGCUGCAGUUCAAAGAAAGAUAAGGCUUGUUUCCAAAUCAGAUGUUGUAAGAUCUGGAUUGAAACAUUUCAAAGAUUUGAAAAACAUCAAACCUAUCGAUCCAAUGACAAUUCCAGGAUUGAAAGAAAGUGGGUGGACACCAGAGAUGGAUGAAUUGGCUCAAAGACCUAGAAGAGGUCCACAUCACGCAUUUAUGCAACAUUUAUUGACAGAAAUACAAAACCAUACAGCAUCAUGGCCAUUCUCUACGCCUGUGAACAAAGAAGAAGUUCCAGAUUAUUAUGAAGUUAUUAAAGAACCAAUGGAUUUGAGUACAAUGGAAUCGAAAUUGGAAAAUGAUCAUUAUUCAACAUUAGAAGAAUUCGUGUAUGAUGCAAGAUUGAUCUUUAACAAUUGUCGGAAAUAUAACAAUGAAACAACAACUUAUUUCAAGAACGCCAAUAAAUUAGAAAAGUUUUUCAACUCUAAAGUGAAGGAAGUUCCAGAAUAUUCACAUUUAGUUGAAUAG